AUCUAGCUCAUACAAAGUUAAUAUCUGCCUCAUAAAAUAUCUUCCUCUUAUAAUAUCUUCCUCAUAUAUUGAUUUCAAAUUUUGUUGAAGAGGGUUAUGGCUGAAACUCAAGACCGUUUUUAAGUUAGCCAUCUAUUUUUUUUGUCUCUAAAGAUCUAUUUUUUAAUCAUGUUUUUGUGGAGAACCUUGCUAUAGAGUAGAGCCUUGUUAACAAUCUUUAGCAACUUUUUGUUUUAAAAUUGUAGUUUUCAUUUUAUCAUCGUUUUUAUCAUUUAUGGGAUGAGACAUGUGGGGAAAAGUUUCUAUGACAUAGAUUUUGAUUGCUUACUUUUUAGAGAACAAAGAGGCAUAGAAUUUGGAAUUUGUUGGUCAUUCAGAUUGAAGUAACAUCACAGUCUUUACUACAUGUUGGUUGCAUAUCUUAGAAUUAAGUCAAAUUUGACACUGAUUUGAAGGUAUCUUGUGUUGUGCUGAAUCUUAAAUCCUUUUAUUUUGUAUUGUUAGGAAUCUUGAAUAGGAAAGAUAUGAACUUUUGAAGUUGAAUAAUCAUGGCAUGAAAAAUCUGAGAAUGGGUAUGAAUAGGACUAUUGUUUGGUUUAGGAGGGACCUGAGAAUUGAGGACAAUCCUGCAUUAGCUGCUGCUGCAAGAGAUGGUUCUGUUUUUCCUGUCUUUAUUUGGUGUCCUAAAGAAGAAGGACAGUUUUAUCCAGGUAGGGUUUCAAGAUGGUGGAUGAAGCAGUCUCUUGUUCACUUGGAUCAAUCACUGAAAUCUCUUGGAGCUGGACUUGUAAUCAUCAAAACUGAUAGCACUCUUAAAGCACUUUUGGAAUGUGUAAAUGCUGUUCAAGCUACAAAAGUAGUGUUUAAUCAUCUCUAUGAUCCAGUUUCGCUUGUUCGUGAUCACAACAUCAAAGAAAAACUAGUGGAGCAGGGUGUUUCUGUGCAAAGCUACAAUGGGGACUUAUUGUAUGAACCGUGGGAAAUAUUCGACGAAAGUGGACAUGCAUUUACAACCUUUGAUCCUUUUUGGAACACAUGCUUGCAUAUGCAAAUGAAAACUUAUUCACCUAUUCCUCCUUGUCAAUUAAUUCUAGCUCAAGGUAAAGUUGAGAAACAUUCAAUUGAGCAACUAGGUCUUGAAGAUGAGUUAGAAAAAUCAAGCAAUUCAUCAUUGGGAAGAUCAUGGUCUCCGGGUUGGAGCAAAAGUGACAAGGCUUUAGCAGAAUUCAUCGAAAACUACUUACUUCACUACUCGGGAAACCGAUUAAACCUUGGUGGCGACUCCACCUCACUAUUAUCUCCAUAUAUUCAUUUCGGAGAACUGAGUGUGAGGAAAGUAUUUCAGCUGGCGCGCACGAAACAAAUAUUAUGGACUCACGAAGGAAACAUCAUCGGCGAAGAGAGUGCAACGCUUUUUCUCAGGGCCAUUGGAUUUAGAGAGUACUCGCGUUAUCUUUGUUUUAGUUUUCCAUUCACACUCGAGAGGCCAUUGUUAGGGAACUUGAAAUUUUUUCCUUGGAAUAACGAUCCCUCGAAUUUUAAAGCUUGGAGGCAAGGUAGAACUGGAUAUCCAUUAGUUGAUGCAGGAAUGAGAGAGCUUUGGGCAACAGGAUGGAUCCACAACAAAAUGCGAGUCAUAGUUUCGAGUUUUGCUGUGAAAAUGUUACUUAUACCUUGGAAAUGGGGAAUGAAAUAUUUUUGGGAUACACUAUUAGACGCAGAUCUCGAAAGCGAUAUUUUGGGAUGGCAGUAUAUCUCAGGUAGCUUACCCGAUGGUCACAAGCUUGAGCGGUUGGACGAUCCAGAGGUUCUAGGGAGGAAAUACGAUCCAGCAGGCGAGUACAUUCGGCAAUGGCUGCCCGAGUUAGCAAGAAUGCCAGCUGAGUGGAUUCAUCAUCCAUGGGAUGCGCCGCUUACGGUGCUCACAGCAUCAGGUGUAGAGUUAGGUCAAAACUAUCCAAAACCAAUCAUUGACAUAGAUUUGGCAAGGGAACAAUUGACUCAAGCUAUAUUCAAGAUGUGGGAAACUGAAGCAGCUACAAAAGCUUCUAGCUCACAAGACAGACAAGUUGUUGAUGAAAAUGAAAAACUGUUGAUUCCAAAAGUUUUCUUGAAGGACAAGGUACCUCGCGGCGCUACUUCUGCGAAUGACCAAACGGUUCCGAUACUUCAGAAUCUCAAGAGUGACGAUCCUCCUAAUAAGAGACAAAAAUGUACGGCAGAAGAGGAUCGGAAACCAGAUAAAUCGCGUAAUCGUAGCGAUCAUACGGAGGUGUCAUGCAUUGAUCAAGAAGACUGUUCUACUGCUGAAUCUUCAUCCAAGAGACAGUGUUCAAGCACUUCUUCAUUUUCUGUACCAUAAAGGGGUCAUGGACUCAUGGCACAAGAACAGAAUGAACAUUUUGAUUUAAUGGUGAUGAAUUUUUUUUGGUGAGAUUGUAAAAAAAAACUUUAUUUUCUUGAGAGAAUUUAACACUGUUGACUUGAAA